UAGUAUUAAUAAUCCACUCACCCAUAAGAUCAUCUACAAAGAGUAUCUCCCGGGUUAAGGAAGGGGAAUUCACGACAGUUGAUCGAAUACAAUGGCGAGAACAUCUAGCCUUGCUGGUCUUUUGUUGUUGGGAUGCACCCUGGCAAUGAUGAUGGGCUCCGCCCGUGCAAUCACUCAUGUGGUUGGGGGCUCCUACGGCUGGCAGGUCCCUGAGACGAGCGAUUUCUACGAGAAAUGGGCCUCGAGGAAGAAGGUUACCGUUGGAGACAAACUCAUUUUCCCGUAUAGCCCGGGGUCCAACAACCUCCUGGUCGUGAAAAAGGAGGAAUACGACCAUUGCACCCAGAACUGCCCCAUUGAGACCUACUACUUGGGCCCAACCAUCAUUAACAUCACCCGCCCCGGAGACUACUUCUACAUCUCCUCCUUCGGCAAGCACUGCGACUACGGCCAGAGGCUCCACAUCAUAGUCUGUGACGGCAAGGGCUCCACAUCCGGCCACCCCCACCCAUCUAAGCCUGCCCGCCACCUCCUUGCCACAUCAUCCCCUGUCAACGCUCCUGCCCCGAGCCCUUCCGCCGCCGCCGCAGCCACGAUUGGAGCUACCGCCGUAGUCUCCGGAAUUGUGGCCUCCUUUGUUUCAUUGUUGAUGUAACUUGGAUGGGUCGUGUCGCGUUGCGCGGGCGUCACAUGUACCACAGUCAUGAAAUCAAUUGACAAUAAUUUUAUACGCUAA